AUUUUUUUAGUUAAUUUUAGAAUAUUUUGUGAGAGCAACUGAAAAAUGUUCUUUAUCACAUGCAUCUACAGCUUGGUCAAUGGGAAAACGUCAUAUUUUCCUUAGUGAAGGAGCUAGACAGCAGUUAGAAUUAUUAAGGGUGGAAAGACGUCACAAUGCCUCUGUUCUCAUUCAGUCUGUAUGGAGAGGAUGGCAUUUUCGCAGGUGUCAUUGGCUUACCUUAAAAAGAAAUUUGCAAAUUCAGGCAAGAGUUAAAACUACUAGACCUCAAUCUUCAACAACUGUAAAUACUUCAACCCAAGGAUUAUGCUCAAGACCUCGACCUCAACCAAUAGCUGGAACACCACCCCCUGAUCUAGAAAAAUGUGAUCAGAAAACUAUUCAGCAGACCUGUUCAUUAUUUGGAUUAGAUUUGGAACGCCCUCCACCUGUCCCACCAAGUCGGCCUUACACUGUUUCAGGAAAUACAAAAAUGGGCUAUCCACAGUCAAGAAUAAUGAAGAUGAAUUAUCCAGAGGAAGGAAAUGCUGAUGUGAUACUGUUAAAAGGAGAGUCAGUAUUAGUUGUUGGAGCAUCUGCACGAAGAGGUCAUUUGAUUGUAGAAUAUAAAAAUCAUACAAUACAUGUUCCAUAUCAAUUUCUUGAAUUAAAACAAGAUAGUGUAGAUAUAUAAAGAUUGCAUUCAAUUUUAGAUUAAGAAUAUACUCUAUUAAUGUUAAAUAAUGAUGUUAACAUUUUUUAAACAGUAAAUAUUGGUCUAUUUAUUAGUGCAAUUGCAUCAUUGUUAUUGUUUGUUAGAUACGAUUGUGCUAAUUAAUACGAAAAUUUGGGGCAUAAUAAAAUAUAAUGUUUAACAUUCAAAACCUUGAUAUGAAAUAAAAUUUCAUUAAAAAUUAAAAAUGUUAGUUUUACCUAAAAGUAGGCCAAUAUUUAUUGCUUAAUAAAAUCUUAGAAUAAUGUUAAAUAUUUCAUAAACUUUAUUUUUACAUACUUGUAUAUACAUGUAUGUUUAUGUACUGUACUGUAUGUGUUUGUGUUAUUAUGUUAAUUGUUGAAAAGUGUUAUGUAUAAGACAUAGAUACCAUGGAUGCCAAAAAACAUAAAAUAUUUUUUGUACCAUGUUAGGGGACUUGGAUUGUUUAAGUAUCAUUUUUUAUAGUACAUAUAUAUAUAUAUAAAUAUGUAUAUAUAUAUAUAUACAUACAUACACAUUUACUUAAUCAUUUUUUUAAUUAGCCGGAGGGAAAUAUCCAUCCAAUUGGCUAAGGUGUAAUAAAUAACUCAGGGUAUACAGCAGAGCACAACUGGAAAUUUAUGUGUACAGUUUUAAAACUUACUGUUGUUGAUUAUAUACUUCAUCUAGUAUACUGUAGCACAGUAAAUUCAAAUUUAACAAUUUUAAAAAAAUGUUUGUUAGUAUCCUAGAGAUGAUUAUGAAAUCAAAUGUGGUUUUUUUAUCAUAUUUCUCUGGAAGUUUUAUAAAAAAUUUGAGCUUUAUAAGUAAAAACAAAUUGUGCCAAAUUUUGACCAGCAAAAUUCCAUUUUCAUGUAAGUUUUUGUUAUAUAACAACAUUAUCAUUCAUUAAUUAAUUUAUAUUUAUUUUCAUCAAGUUGCCAAAUCAUCAUGUUUCAAGUUUAAUGUUGUAAAUUGUUAAAUUUUUCCUAAUUAAGCAACACUGGCUGAAAACAAACAUGAUCGACAUUCCAAAUAUUUUACUCAGUAUUACCUCAUCUAAGUUCCUAUCUUGAAUAUACAACUAAUUAAAUUAAUUUGUACUUCUACAGUAAAUCCUGCCCUCCAUUAGUAUAAAAUUUGUAUAUAUAAAGUUUGUAACAGCA